AUGUGGCUGGUGUUAAACAAUUCAGGGAUGAGGAAAGAGGAACAAGGGUUGAAGCGUGCUGAAAAAAGUAACGAAAUUGGAAAUCAGCGUGAAAUUGGUCGCGGUCGUGAUCAGCAGCAAGAUUUGCUUAAAGAUGAAGGUGUAUUCGACGAGGAGUUCUGGAUUAAGGUAUCAAAAAUGAACAUUGAAAUGCUCGUUACACGAUGAGGGCUGUGAAUUUAUUUUGAAGCUCUAUAGAGCAAUUUGUUCGCGACAUAGUUACAGUGUAUUCCUUGAUUGACCUAGGUUCAUCAAAAGCAGAAGAAAGGGAUAUCUUGGAACAGAGCUAUGGAUGAACUGCGUGUCGAGAGACUGAUUAAACAGUUCCUGGACGGUGGAGAAAUGGACAGUGAGGACCCAGCUUUAGUGAUGUUAAAACAGUGGCCAGCAAGUAAACAAAACAGAGAUAAUCCAGAUAAAAAUCGUGGACUUGAGCAACUGGUAAGUUGAUUUGUAUGUAAGCGUGAGCUUAGGUUAAAAGGUUUUUAUAUUCAUGUCAUGUAUUUGGCCAGGUGAGUAAGAUAAUUUAGCUCAAACAUAUCAUAUCUGAUAGUGUUAAUAAUGAUGUGUUUUGCAGAUAAAUCGGUGGCUGGAGAUUCUUUUAGAAAGUGAACUAAACUCUGAGAACAGAUACGAGGAGUUCCGAGAUGAAGAUGACGAAGCAAAAAAAACACUGAUGCACUAUGCAGCUGAACUUGGCUUUCUGCAUGUCACCAAAACACUUGCGAGGAAAUGUCCUCUGAUGCUUACCAUGAUGACGGAAGAUCAACUUAAACCUGUGGAAAAAAGAGCCAUGCUGCCAGUGGAAUUGGCAAUAGAGGCAGAGAAAGAUGAUGUGGCAGCAUUUUUGAUUAGAGUCAUGGAGCAUCAAAGGUACUAUUUAGAUCAGCUGAAGUGAAAUUCUUAAAGUUAGAAUUUAAGACACUAGGGAAAUAUGGCCUUAAGAAAAUGAAUAUCUUUUUCAUGAAAAUGCUGAAAUGAAGGCUACAGAGUUAAACUUGAUGAAUAGUUACAUUUCUUUUUUGAAAUUGAUAAGUAGACUAUGCAAGCUUACUGUGAGUGGUCUGAAAAUAAUUUAAACACAUUGGAUAAUGAUACAAACCUAGCUUUGAAAUGAUGAUCCAUUUCCACCUUCAUUGUUAGAGUGCACAGUUUAUUUUUCUGGACAUCAGGCAAUAUGACAAAUCCUGAACCAUCCUUCUUUGGCUUCAAAGCAAUUAUUGAGAAUCCAAAAAUGAAGGUGAGAUGUUUUAAUAUUUUACAAAAUUUAAAACAGACCAGAGUCUCUUAGUAAGCAAAUUUUUUUGCCAUAAAGUAAAUAACUUGAUGGUUCACUGGCCAAUGAUUCUGAAACUAAUAGUAGAUGUCAUGUAAGUAACAUUUUUAAACUUAUUUUUAACAAAUCCUUUUAAAUUUGUAGCAAGAUGGUUAUGUUAGAUUUGUUUUUGAUGAAACUCAUGUAAUGAUUUGUGUUUUUUACAGAAAACUGUAGUGGCCGUAUUAGACCAGAUGGUGAAUCCUCAUUGGCCAUAUCUUCCAAAACGACAAGAAAACUAUGAAACUGGAGAAGAGAGAGAGGCAAUUGAAGGAGUCUGGAACACCAUUCAGGAUGAUCCAUUAAACUAUCAUUUUUAUUAUCAUAUUUUGGAUGGAGAUGAGGGAGGACGACCCCCAAAGAUUAUGACUUCAGAUGGACACAAGCAGAUAGAAAACCAAUAUUUUAACUGGAAAGACAAGUCUUGUUUGCUUGCCAUUGCAAUGAGCAGCAACAAAGUAAGAUGCAGAUCUAAGGAUUAUCACAUUUUAACAAAAUUCAUUGGUGAAAUAUGUAAUGUCUAGCUCUGUUAAUCAAAAAGAUAUCCAGGAAAAAUAAACACAUUUCAUACAUGAAUGACACAUAUUCUGCUGGAGUUUGAGUUUUAGAUCACUCUCCCCUGAAAGUUUGGACAGAAAUCAGUUCAUGAUUUUUAUUUUCAGGAAGCUUUGCAGCAUCCUGUGGUCAGAAUGUUGGUUAAAACAAAAUGGAAAAGUUAUGGACACUUGCUCCUUAGGUAAAUAAGUUGUUUUUGCAGGUUCCAUACUGUAAAUUUUAGAAAUAGUUAUAUCAUACUUAUUGACAUAGGUGUUUAAUUAUGCAUUGAUCAAACUUAAGUACCAGAAAAAAUUCAUUUUUGCCACUACACACAUAAUCAGCCAGUGAAAGCACUUCCAUGGAGUAUGGUGCAGCCUUAUUGUAGUGUUCCUUGGAACAUUGUGAAUGCAUGUAUCAAUGUCCAAUUUAACCAUUUGAUUUCUCAAAGGUUUGUUACAAAAAUAUUAGACAUUUAUAGGUUACCAAGCACUUAAUUUUUAAUUUCACAGCUUUAUUUGAAUUUUCUAGUCCUGUGCCAUUUCUCCAUGUCACUUCUGCACAAUUAAAUAUUAUUGCUUUUCUUUUCUGUAGCCUUCAAGCAGCAUUGUUUUGUAUCUUCUUGCUGUGCAUGUCGUAUUCUCUGCUGCAUGCCUCUACCAAACUGGACCCCACCCAUUACAGUGGUGCGCUGGACUCACUGCGUGGAUUUUGUGAGGUUGUCACUAUACUUAUGGUCGUGUUUUACAUCUGUGAGGAAAUAAAUCAAAUAAGAAUGUAA